GGUUUUCUCCCGACCACGGAAGUUAUGGCAGCAGUAAUGAAGAUCUGAUCAAUAUGAACAAAAAAAAGAAGAAGAAACGAAGACACAGGACGAUCUUUACAAGCUAUCAACUGGAAGAGUUGGAAAAAGCUUUCAAAGAAGCUCACUACCCAGACGUAUACGCUAGAGAAAUGUUAUCUUUGAAAACUGACCUACCAGAGGAUCGGAUACAGGUGUGGUUUCAGAAUCGUCGAGCGAAAUGGCGAAAGACGGAGAAGUGUUGGGGGAAAAGUACCAUAAUGGCCGAAUACGGACUGUACGGUGCAAUGGUUAGACACUCGCUUCCUCUUCCAGAUAGUAUUUUGAAGAACAACAAAGAAGGGGAAAUGUGUUGCGCCCCGUGGUUGUUAGUGGUCAACCAUCGUGAAGACAGGAACUUAGGCCUAACACUUACGGCUUCUGGUCAUCUAUCGCAAAUAGGCAUGCACCGGAAGUCCCAGGAAGCAGCUGAGAAGCUGAAAGACGCGGAUGGAGGGAUGGAGAAGGAUAAGGAAGAUGAGAGAAGUCUAAAAGACGAAACUGAAGCAGAAGGGACUCAACAGGUAGCAGCGACCUCUCGUGGUGACUCUUCUGCCCUAGGGAACGCGACAGUCAAGGAAAGCGCCACUUCUAACGCAGUGUCCAAUAGGGAGGAACUUAGGAGUAAUAGUAUAGCUGCACUACGGGCCAAGGCUCUAGAGUACAGGGUCAAGAUGUUUAAUGAAGGAGACUGCCAGCAGAGAGAGACUGAUCAAUCCAGAGACUCUAACCAGCCAACACGGCACGACAUGGCGUAUCAUAAACCCAAACCUGCUGUUCCGAAUACUACCUCAAAGCCAUCUCUUCAUUCAAUAACAUCUCUGUUUUAAAGAGACGAUGAUUGACUAGUAAUAUUAAGAGCUUUUGCAUAAGCCUAUGAGACAUAAGGUUAACUCCUAGUGUACAUAGUAUUUAAAACAUUAUGUAUAUUCUGAAGUAUGAAGAACAUAAUAUACUUAAUGAUUAUGUAUGACGUUGAUGAUAAACGUAUGACUCUGAUAAAAUAAAAUUACUCUAAACAUCUCGCAUGUUAAAUAAGAAAAAAAAACUCAUGUAAAUGUGGAGUUUUUUAAAGUUUUUAUCGUUAAUGUAGACAAGUACCGAUAUGUGAGCUGUAUUUGUCAUUCUUAUCUUUACUGUCAUAGCUACAACCUAUGAAGAUUUUACCAUGUGUUAUAGAAUUUAAAGUGUUUUUACUCUGGUGUGAAGUUUGAGAUAUUUCCUCUUCAGCCAUUGGUACAAAUAAAAAACCAGU